AUGGGCCUUCCAGUUCUGGCUGCAAGCUUACUUCCCAGAGCUGAAGGGGCAGUCAAUAUUGCCGACACCAAGCCGUUGGCCAACACAUUCGCCCGGGCCCCCAGGAAGCAUAACACCUCAACUUUCUGCUACAAAUUUUUCUAUGGCUUGGUCGAGAGGACCGGAAGGCAGUUCCGGGUGUGCCUUGCUCGGCCGUAUCCUUUGUUCCUAGCGCACGACCACUCCGUGAUUCCUGAUGGCGAAACGGAGAACGAUCUGAGGGAGAUCUGGGAAUCCUUCCUGGUCGCGUGCGACCUUCACUACGGCCUGUCCAAGGCUGGGGCCGAGGUUUAUCUGCCGAACUUCGUGGCGCAGCAAUUCGGCCUGAUCCAGACGGCACCGCUUCCCCCGUUGUCAACCAAUCGACUCUUGUCUUGGAGGGCCGACGUCGCCCAGCAACACGGCGUGGCUGGCAUUUCCUUUCAACUUCAAAAGGGGAUGACCUUCCUCACUCUGACGCCUUGGUUGCGUUGUAAUGCGUAUGACGAGGAUGGAAGAGUCUAG